CAUUUGUAUUUUAUUCACUUCCGGUAAUGCAGUUCCCAUAUUGUUGACAACUUGCGGCAGAGGUUUUAUGAUAUAAGGAAAUAAUUUGGAAAACAAAACAAAGACCCUGCUGUGUAAUCAACCUUGUUGUGAAGAGCUGAUCAAUGAUCCUUGGAAAAAAAACUGUAAUCUCGGAAGAAAGUUCAUCUAUCUGAAUGAAUCUCAGUCCGUUAUCGAAGAAACUUGUUCUACACGACAGUAUGUAUUACUACUGUGAUUACAGACUUCAGUUUGGACAAAGAUAAGCAUGAUUACAUACCAGAAAAACGUUAGAUGUAAUGUCUAAAAAUUGAGAUAAGAUCUUCGUGUCAUAACAGGAAGCACACGAGAGACAGUGUAAACCAACAUAUAUUUAUGGUAAGGAAUUCUGAAGGGCGAAUGGACUAAAUAAACACUACAUAUGAAAAUUUCAAACACACACUUGUGAUCUAUAGCUAAGUUCUAGAAACAUAUAUACAGCAUGGUACAUACAGGAAAAAAGGCAUUUGAGUGUGAUUUUUGUGGUAAACGGUUUAAGAAGACCGGCGGUCUGACAUCUCACCGCAUGGUACAUACAGGAGAAAAGCCAUAUGAAUGUGAUAUCUGCGGAAAGCAGACUAGAACGACAGAAGACCUGAAGAGACAUCUAAGGUUGCAUACAGGAGAGAAACCAUAUAAAUGCGACGUCUGUGGUAAGGAGUUUACUCAGGCGUCUAAUCUUCGUACACACGCCGUAAUUCAUACAGGUGAAAAACCAUACAAAUGUGAUAUCUGUGAUAGAGGCUUUAGUCAAAUGGCUAACCUCAAAAGCCAUCGUAUGAUACAUACAGGAGAAAAGCCACACAGGUGUGAUGUCUGUGGGAAAGGGUUUUGUCUUGCAUCCAGCCUUAAGGCGCAUCGCGUCAUGCAUACAGGAGAAAAACCGCACGUUUGUGAAAUCUGUGGAAAGAAGUUUACGGCAACACAGAACCUAGCAAGACACAUCAAGGUACACACAGGAGAGUAUUCCCAUGAGUGUGAUGUCUGUGGUAAACUGUUUCUUCAGGCAAAUGGCUUACGUAUACAUAAAAUGUUACAUACUGGAGAAAAGCCUUUCAAGUGUGACGUCUGUGGGGAGGGAUUUCGGCAGGCCUACGGACUAAAAAGACACACCAAGAUACAUACAGGGGACAAGCGGUACAAGUGUGAUGUCUGUGGUAAGGUGUUUAACAAGGCCGCUGUUCUAAAGAUACACCAAAGGGAACAUACAGGGGGGAAGUUGUUAACAUGUAAUGUCUGUGGCAAGGGCUUCAGUCAGCAGUCAAACCUCCAGAAACAUCUCUUGAUUCACUCGGGUGCGAUGCAAUACACAUGUGAUGUCUGUGGUCAAGGCUUUAAUCAGUCUAUUGUCCUGAAGAUGCACCAGAAUGGACACAUAGAAGAGAAGUUUCAGAAAGCUGACAGUAAAAGAUCUAAUACCAAGAAUGAUGGCCUGGAGGAGAAACAUAACAUAUAGAGGGGAAAGGGGACAGUGACCUACAGACGUGAAAUAUGUGCUUAGGGGUUUUGUACAACUUCUAGGCGUUAAAAAACACAUGGAUUCAUAGAACAAUGUCAAUAUGAGAAGGGUAAUAAAAUAAAUUGACACUUGAUUUAUUUUACAUUUCUUAUGAAACAAGUUAUUACAACUUUUAUUAAUCAUAAUUGGUUGCACAGAUGAUAGUGUGCAACAGGUCUUAAUGUGUGGGGAACCUGAGUACCCAGAGAAAACUUAUGUGGUCGGGCAGCUGGUGACCCACAUACCUUUUUAUGUCCGAUGGGGCAUCACAGCCCAGCUGCCUUGGUGAAAGGCAAGUGCGUUAUAUCCACCCGAUAACUACAAAAUGGUGUUCAGUAAUAAAGUAUAUAUGUAUGAACUGUCAACAGGAUUCACCAACAAAAUAUAAUCUCUUGAGACCUAGAUAUCUAUAUAACCGUUUUUAACGAGUAUAUGCAACUCUGGCUAGGCAUGUUACAUACAUAGAAAUAUGUCAAAUCGGGCAGCUGCUGAUGAUGAUGAGUGAGACUUAUUUUUGACAAUAUAUAAUAAUUGAAUCCUUAGGAGGUAACCUAAAUGUAACAAUAUGAAUGUUGUUUCUACUUUGAAAUCAACUCUAUAUCAAACAAAUGUAUUAAAUUCAUUAUAUAUCUGA